CCCUUUCUGCUGUCGUCUUCAAGCUUUAAUCCUCCAUUAAUAUAUAUUAAACGACCCAAAUCGGAACAAGACAAACAGCUCCACUCUUCUAUCCUCCUCCUCUGUUUUCUCCGUCCCUUCAUCGGUUGCUGCAUUGUCCCCUCUCGACUUAUAAGGCUCUCCUUGUUUCUUGUAUUUCUGCUUCGGUUUCCUCUUCCAUGGCUGCGAUCACUAACGCCCCAGUUCUUCCCCGUCCUCCUGUCCGAGCUUCAAAGCUUUCGGCUCUUUACUUGACGCCGAGCCGGGUCCCAUGCGGGCUUAUCAAACGGAAUGUUGCUUCUUCUGCUUCCCGUUUGUCCCUCUUGCCUCCCAUACCGGGGAAUCCAGCACCUCCGGAGAAGGUCAGGUUCUUUGGUGAAACCUUGAAUCAGCCGCCAAGGCGGAGGGUGUUGGUUGAUUUCCCUAUCUGUCCUGCCUCGGCAGACGGGGGUGAGCUCAAAGUCUCUGAUGGGUUCGAUAAACCAUCAAAGAGCUUUGCCGAGAGAUACCCGGCUCUCAUCACUGGUUUCUUCUUCUUCAUGUGGUACUUCUUGAAUGUCAUCUUCAACAUUCUGAAUAAGAAGGUCUAUAAUUACUUCCCGUACCCAUACUUCGUUUCUCUCGUACACCUCCUCGUCGGAGUUGUCUACUGUCUAGUCAGUUGGGCUGUCGGUUUACCCAAACGAGCGCCUAUUGAUAAGGAGCUCUUGCUGCUAUUGACUCCCGUAGCCUUCUGUCAUGCCCUCGGGCAUGUCAUGUCCAAUGUUUCAUUUGCAGCAGUUGCUGUCUCGUUCACGCACACUAUCAAAGCUCUCGAGCCAUUCUUCAAUGCUGCCGCUUCUCAGUUCGUGUUAGGUCACCAGAUACCAUUUUCCCUUUGGCUUUCACUGGCACCUGUCGUGAUCGGUGUGUCAAUGGCUUCUCUUACUGAACUCUCUUUCAACUGGACCGGCUUCAUCAGCGCCAUGAUUUCAAAUAUAGCAUUUACCUACAGAAGUAUAUAUUCGAAGAAAGCAAUGACAGGAAUGGACAGUACAAAUGUGUAUGCUUACACAUCAAUUAUAGCCCUUUUCUUUUGCAUCCCUCCUGCCAUUUUUAUUGAGGGCCCACAAUUGAUGCAAUACGGGUUCAGGGAUGCCAUUGCCAAAGUGGGUCUUGUCAAAUUCCUGUCCGAUCUCUUCUGGAUCGGGAUGUUCUAUCAUCUCUACAAUCAGCUUGCCACAAACACUUUGGAACGGGUAGCACCACUAACUCAUGCAGUCGGGAAUGUCUUGAAGCGAGUAUUCGUGAUUGGUUUCUCCAUUGUGGUAUUCGGCAACAAAAUCUCAACUCAAACUGGGAUCGGUACUGCUAUAGCAAUAGCUGGAGUUGCAAUCUACUCCCUCAUCAAGGCCAACAUUGAAGAGAAAAAACGGAAGGCUGCAGCAGUUGCUUCCUCUUGACAGCAGUGUACCUUACAGUAUAAACAAGAAGCAUCGGCAGACUGUACAUGCUCGAUCGAGCACAAUAAAUGCGAACAGAAAUUCGACAGAGCUUUAAAGCUGUUUGAAUUCUUUCCAUCUGACUCGUAUUCUUUUUGGAACUUCUGCUUCAUAUUUGAGCCAGGCUUCAGAUUCAGAGAGAGAGUGAUCACUCAAUAAGAGUAAAUUUCCUUCGUGCAGCAA